AUGCAUGAAUAUCCAGCGUUUAAGAAGUUAUUAGAAUUAAUCGAAUACUUAUUCCUUCCUCCAGACCAGUGCGCCAACAUCCAGUUGUUCCCAGAGAGUGUAAGCCGACCUGAGGCGACAGAGCUGUUAGAUCAGCAGCGAACCGUGGUCGCAUUCGCCAUCAUCAGCACCGCCAUGAUCGUGCUGGGUUUAGUCUUCUCUCUCUACACGUUCAAGUUCACACGCUACAUGUUCAAGAGGCUGGCUGCGUGUUGUCACCUCGUCGCAAGUGGUUGUACACUCACCGUGAUCGAGGUAACGAGCAGCGUGGUGAGCAUCGAAGCAAAGCACUUCCCCACGCGCCAUCCCCGCGGCACUGAGUGGCAUUACGGUUUCUCUUACAUCAUCGCCUGGUUCAGCUUCAUUCUUUUGGUAAUCGCGACGAUAACGUUUGCUGUGUGUUCCCGCAAAAGGAAAAAGAAUAAAGCGCCCGACGAAGAAUUUGCCCUCCAAGAAGAGCCUGUCAUCAUCGGCCGCUAAAAAAAGGACCAAACGCGCUCAAGAAAUUCGCUAUGCAUCCCAUUUCCAAUUGUUAAGGAAUCAAGUUACUUAAGUUCGAAAUAAUGCUUACCACACUCGAACCUGUCCGUAUCCCAAUUUAGAAACUAACUACAUCAAUAUUUAACCAAGUUCCAAUGUGGUACAAGUUUAAAAAUAAAUUUCAAGAAAACACUU